AUGAAAUGGGUGGUGUUUGCAGUUCCACACAUGUUCCUUGUUGGAUGUGAUAGCGACAGAAUCACACUCAGUGUUGGAGAGGAUCUGAUCACACCCUGUUACUUUUAUUCACAAUACGAACCCCAACUUAUCACCGUUGUGUGGGAGAGACUGAAGCCCAGGAGAGUGGUUCAUUAUUUCCAUAUUAGCGGAAGUCUCCUUGACCAACAGGAUGCGGCUUAUCGAAACAGAACGCAGAUGUUUGAGAACGAAAUUGCUGAAGGCAAUGUAUCAUUGCGGUUGAGAAACACGCGUCUAUCUGAUGCAGGGACGUACAGAGUGAAUGUCAGUGCUACCUCAGGAACAGGCUACAAGGACAUCAGCAUCGAGGUAGGAGCCAUCGGCAACUCUCCCAGAUUUUACUCAUUUGAUAUGAAGAGGAAUCGCUCCGUUUUGAUCUGUGAGUCUAUGGGCUGGUAUCCGAUACCCAGUGUGACCUGGCAAAACCGGCGGGGGAGCAACAUCACCAAAUAUUCGCAGACCCAUGAGACGGACAGCAGGGAAGGCAUGGUGAGUGUGCGCAGUGCUGUCGAUUUCCCCACUGGCUCCAAUGGAAGUUACACCUGCACCAUCUGGAAUCCAUUACUCCGGCAAGGCAGCUCUUCUAAUUAUACACUGCCCACUCUAGGUCACGGUCCAUAUAUCCAAUCACGAGUAACAGGCGGUGGACACUCAGUGCUGACCUGCCAGUCCUCAGGCUGGUACCCGACCCCUGAGGUCAGCUGGCAUAAUGACCUGGGUCAUGCCAUGACCAAGCUCCUGCAGACUGAACUGACCGAGAGCAACGAUGGGAGCGUGUCUGUGAAGAGCACACUGGAGCUGAAGGCUGGGGCAAAUGGGAACUACACCUGCACCAUCUGGAACCCCAUGUUAAAGCAAGGAUUGUGCUACCGCUUCACCGUCCUGACUUCCCGAUACAAGGAGGUCCGAUCACAUUGGUACGCAGCCGGCGCCAUCGUUUCUGCUGCCAUCUUCACCGUUGCUGCAGUGAUCAAAGCAAAGAGCUUCAUCAGGCAGAUAAAGAAGGAAAGGAAAGACUCCAGACUAUGCACUGACUACAGCCUGCGCUACUCUGCUAUUGGAUAA